AUGGAAGUUUUAGCUCUUGGCCUUUCUCUAGCUCUAAUCGUUUUCCCUCUUUUCCUUGCCUUCCGCAAACGGUCGGAAGGUGGCAACGGUGCAAAACUUCCACCUGGUAGCUUUGGGUGGCCUAUAAUGGGAGAAACUAUCGAAUUCUUGUUCGGCAAACCGGAGAAGUUCGUCGGUGACAGAAUGAACAAAUACUCCCCACACAUCUUCAAAACCAAAAUACUUGGAGAAAAAACAGCUGUUAUUUGCGGCCCUACUGGCCAUAAAUUUCUAUUUUCUAAUGAACAAAAAUACUUCACUUCCUUCCGCCCCCACCCUAUGCAAUACCUCUUCCGUUCCUACCAAAACAACACGGCGGCUCAACCUCCACCACCGCGAACUGAUGAAUUGAAAUCGAUUCGACAACCGGGGUUCUUUAAACCUGAAGCCUUGAUGAGAUAUUUGGGGAAAAUGGAUUCCAUCACACAACAACAACUACAAAUGCAUUGGAAUGAUGACAUAAAUACAGUUCAAGUUUACCCUCUUGCCAAAAGCAUAACCCUAACACUUGCUUGUCAGUUCUUUCUAGGAAUCAACAAUCCAGAGCGUAUUUCGCGGCUUGUAAAACACUUCGACGAUGUUACGGUGGGCAUGCAUUCGAUCAUGUUGAACAUUCCGGGGACGACUUUUUAUCGAGCAAAUAAAGCGGCUUCCGCGAUUAGGAAGGAACUUCUGAAUGUUAUAAAAGAGAAGAAACUGGCUAUGGCUACCGGAGCUCCGGUGCAAGAUAUAUUGUCUCAUAUGAUUGUUGUUACCGACCCGAAUGGCCGAUCCAUGCCCAACGCCGAAAUUGCUGACAAAAUAAUGGGGUUGCUAACUGCAGGAUACAGCACAGUUGCUACCACCAUAACUUUCUUGAUGAAAUACGUUGGCCUUAGCCCCGAAAUUUACGAAAAAAUCCGAGCAGAGCAACUGGAGAUUGCAGCCUCUAAGAAGACUGGCGAAUUGCUGGAAUGGGAAGAUGUACAGAAAAUGAAAUAUUCGUGGAACGUAAUAUGUGAAACAAUGAGACUGGUUCCCCCUCUUCAAGGAACUUUUAGAGAAGUCUUGACGGAAUUUACCUAUAAUGGUUACACAGUUCCAAAGGGUUGGAAGGUUUAUUGGACUGUGAGCACGACCAACACAAACCCUGAAUAUUUCCGGAACCCAGAGAAGUUUGAUCCAUCGAGAUACGACGAAGGUGAAGAAGCACCGGCACCUUAUACUUAUGUUCCGUUCGGGGGAGGACCGAGAAUGUGCCCCGGAAAAGAGUAUGCUAGGCUAGCCAUAUUGGCUUUCGUUCAUAAUGUGGUAAAUAAGUACAGAUGGGAAGUGAUUGAUCCUAAUGAGAAGGUUGAAGGCGAUAUGAUGCCGGAGCCGGAAAAGGGACUUCCGAUAUGGCUGCAUCACCACCACUAGGGUGCAUGCUUGCUUGUCAAAGUUUAAUUAGGUUGCCAAACACACAUGAUUUGACUUCUUUAAACAAUGCAAUAAAAAAAUAAGCAUCUUUUAUUGUAGUGCUAUGAAAGAAGGAAGAAUUUAGUUGGGGUACCCAUCGUUGUUGUAACGCUCAAACGUGAAAUCCCAGGUGAACUGCUGCUCGUUUGACUAUAAUCUUUCAAAAAUGCUAUUUGUCGGGGUCAUUUCAACAGACCGUUGCCAAAAUAUCUCUCAUACAAUAGGUUCACCCCAUUUUUUAAUACCCAAAAAAAAAUAUAUCCACCCCACUUUGAAUAUGAGGAGUCUGGUCAGGGUUUGUACAAAUGUUAAGAACCUUGACAAAAUA